AUGAUGAGGUGAGAAUAUGCCGGAAACAUUUAAUAACUGUGUUGUUAUCCUGAAGUACAUCUUUUUUUUAAGACGUUUUCUGUCUCCUUUUUGAGUUUCACCUGAGUGUCUGUUUUCUGAGAAGGAUUGGGAGUUCUCAUACAGUGCAGAAAUAAUAUUUAUUUAUUAAAAAGAAGAAGGGCCUCAAAAUACACUUGAAAAUUGCAUAGCAAUAGAAAAAAUAACUUUAUUUUCUUAUGGAGACUCCAAGGGACAUGGAGGAAAACAAAAUUAAGGUUCAUCCUCAGAAAUUUUUGCUAAAGUUUUGUAUUUUCUCUUUUUUUUUUGCAUUCAGCUAAUCAUGUAAAAACUCCUAAUUUUAAUCACAGAUAGAGUAAAACAUUAACAGCUGGUUUCCUUUCUGUCCUUUUAAUGGUACCAGUGACGCCCUGCAUACGAGACGACCUGUGAAUAUCUAACAGCACUGUAAAGUAGAUUUUAUGCUGUUCAUGAUGUAUUAAUGUUAUUUCAUUCUCCAUCAGUGCUGCUCAGAGUCAAACAACACUGGAGUCCCUGCAGUGUCACUUCACUUGGAACCUGGACAAUAAAGUGUCCAGGCCUUUCCUUUUCAGAGAAAAGCUGGAGGACGUCUGCACAGACAGAGGAAACAGAUGGCUCGGUCAUUUCUACAACCUGCAGGGGUUCACCCAGUUCAAACUGGAGGAAUAUGAGGACGCAAAGAGAUUGUUCAACAAGGCUGCAGAGGUCUUCAGUGAGCUGAGACAUGCAGAUGAGGGUCCCUGGUUGGUAGUGAACUAUGGGAACCUGGCCUGGCUGCACCACCACCUGGGAGAGCAUGAAGAGAGUCAGGCUUACCUGUCAAAGGUAGAUGACCUGAUGGAGAAAUACCCAUCUCCAUCCCAGAGCGAGCUCCACCCAGAGAUCUACGCUGAAAAAGCCUGGACUCUGAUUUACAUGACAGAGGAGCUGAAUGCUGCUGUUGAUCACUUUGAAAAAGCUGCCAGGAUGCAGCCGGACAUGGUGGAUUGGAACUCCAGCUAUGUCAUAAGUUCAGUAAAAGCCCAGGAGCAAAACACCGGAGAGGUGGAGGCUGACCUCCUGGAGAAAAUGAGAGCUGCAAAGGAACGAGAUCCAGAGAACCUGUACCUCGCAGUUCUCUACCUAGAACAGCGUGCAAAGAAAGGAGAGAAAAUCCAAGAGGAAGUUCGAGAGUUUGCCAGAAACAAUUUGGGAAGUCUAAGCUGCAGCUACAGUUCUAUGAAAUUAUUACCAAAGGUUUACAAAAACCACUUAUCUAUUGAUGAGGCCAUUGAUUUGGCAGAAGAGGCUCUGAAAAUGCAUCCAGAUCGGCGUCACCUGAAGAAGCGUGUUGCAUUUUGUUAUAGAUGGAAGAUGUUGUUUUUCAGGGACAGCCCCGCUAGACCAGACAUGAAAGACCGAGUUAUCAGUCUACAUGAGGAGCUGCUUUCUCUUUACCCCCACUCUUUAGUCUCAAAGAAAAUUGAUCUUGCUAUAGUCUAUGCAAAAUCAGGUUACAAGGCUGAAGCUGAGCAGAUAUAUCAGGAGCUGCUUCAAGAUAAACUGGAUCCUGCAGACAAACAGGCUCUUUUUUACUCCUAUGCAAGUAAUUUAUACUUCAAUCAGCAUGACAGGGAUGGUUCCAUCAGAUACCACAUGAAAGCAGCAGAAAUACCAGUCAGAUCCAGUUCACGUGAGGGCAGUAUCAGAGCUCUGAACAAGAUUAAAGACAGGGGUCGACACCGAAUGUGUCCAGAAAUCGAGAAGUUUCUGCAGAACCUGCAGGAUCCAAGGCUGUAA